CCCUUUCGCGGUUGCUUUGCCGCUUUUCUUGCUGGAGGGAAAGCCGUUGCAAGGCUCGUCGGAAAUCCCUUGCUUCACGCAGCCAAAGUACACGACGGAAAGAAACAGAGAGAGAAAGAGAGACACAACGAGAGAGAGAGGGAGAGAGCCGUUUAUCCGCCUCAGCUUCCCUCCUUUUCUGAAUUCCUUUAUUCGAAUUCUGCAGAAUCUCUAGUCGAUCUUGCUGCUGAUUGCCUCCAGUUUGGCGAUUUCCUUGGGUUUAUUUUCUGUGCCUCCGAUCGCGAUUUUUUUUCUUAUUCGAUUCUGACUUUGGUUUUCUGCAGUUCGUCUUCGUCGUUCGUUGGUUAUUGUUUACAUGAAGUUUCGUCUGAUUCUUGUUUGUUGAGGGGGAUAUGUUGGCUUACGGAAUUCGGUUGUUGAUUGGUGCGACUUGGAUUCGUAUUGGUUCUCUGACGGCUAUUAUUCUUUCGUUUAUUUGCUCUCUUCGACGAGGUUUUCUUGCUGUUUGAGUCAUUAGCUUCCGCGGAUUUUUGUUGGCUAAUCUUUUCGCGCUGAAAUUGGUUUCCUUUUUUGUUUCUUCACGAGUAUGCUAUUUAAUGCGGACUAGAUUGUUUCCUUGUGAAAUGCUCAUGGUCAACUAACCAAUGGUUUUUUUUUUUAUUACUAUUAUUAGAAUCUAGUUUUCAUUUUUGUCUGUGUGGAUAUGGAACCAGCUCCAUGCAGAUAAUACAUCCCAUGAUCACGAAGUCCUGAUAUGUUAAGGCGUUGGAUAUUCUUAUAUACUAAUUUUUACAACGAGAGCUUGAGAAUAAUCACAAAAAGACUUUAGCGACUGGUAGGAUGCCGCAUACGUUGUUUUGUUUUGUUUUUCUUCUGGCGUUCUUCUGUUGUUGAAAACAUUUCCUGGUCCAGCGUUUCGCAUGCUUUGCUUGGUAGUUGUCCUCUCUGCCGUUAUGUCCAGGGGUUCUUUCAUGUAUUUUAUUGUUAUUUACAAAUUUUUUUCUAUCUAAUUUCUUGAUUCGAUUUAAUUAUUUGGAUGCUACUUUCUAGCAGUGUUUCCGGAAUUAGAUCAUAUCUACUGAACCAUAUCCACCCCUUAAUGAUAUAAUACUGCCAACUCAGCCUAAAAAUUUUACGUUUUUUUCCAUUUUCUAAAUCAGUUUAAAAUAUUUAAUAUUUUUUUUUUAAAUGAAGAACUUAAGGAACUACAAAAGCCGUUUGUGGUCAGGGACGAAAACUUGACCUCUUAAACUAAAAUUUUGAACAAAAUAUAAGCAUCCUAAUACGUCCUUCAAGUAACUUCAUUCGUCAGCUGACUCAGCUCUCCAACUUUCCAUCCGUUACCACUGUUGAAUAAUGAAUACUGAAUUUAGAGUGUGAAGACAAUAUGUUCCAUGCCUUCUGCAUUCAACGUCUACAUCCAUUUCGAUGUAAUGGAACUGUGUUGUUCCGCUCCAGCACGGAACAAUGAGUCAAAAUAGUUUAAACUUUAGAGGACUAUGAUUCUGGUUAUCUGCUUUGAAACUUCCUUAUAGGCUCUUAAAUGGUACCAAAGGCGAUCCUGUGUCAUUUUCGCAGAAAACAAAUAAGAUGUCCUGGUGAAAAUUUCAACUUUUAUGACUCUUUGCUCAUUCAUUCAGUAAUAUGCUACAUAUUUUUGGUGUUUUCAUUCCCAUGCAAGUCCGAUACUCUGUCAAAAGUAACCAAAGAAAAAAGCACAUAUUGGAGGUACAUUUGUCCUUCUAGGCAGGAAUUGAUUUUAUAUAGUUGGGUUUUCAUGUUGCUAGUUGCAUCAGACGUUUGGUAGUUUAUGUUGGAAUAAAUCUGCCAAUAUUAUUGCUCUCUUAUGUUCUGUCACUUUGUGUAGAUUGUAUGUGAAAUUAUAACAAUGAGAUUAUCUUAACAUUGUAUCCUGUCAAUGGCAUCUGAAGAUCUUGCAUCUUUUAUUAUGGUACAAGUUGUCAAAAAAUUGCAAGUUGAGCACAGGCCAGUCAAAACCCUAGAAAGCCUAGCUGGACUAGUUAGUUUGGUUCAGUCCAAGUUGGCACGCGGACACACCCAGACACACACACACUGAAAUACAUGUGGAAGUAUAUAAGUGUGAGAUUAGUUGGCUGGCCAAUGGCUAAGCGGACUAGUUGAUUUUUUGGCCCAACUAAUUGCUGGUUUAACAAUAGGUCGGUUGACAACAGGCUCAACCAACUAGUUGGGCUUAGUCGGCGGGCUAGUCAUAAUUUUGACCACAAAAAGUUUAUGGUGCUGCUGCUACCAUUAAGAAAAUUAGACCUACUAUUUGCAAUUUAUGAUGAUUAAUCAUUGGUGAGCCCCUCUCACCUUUUUUGUGAACCUCUUCUAGCUAUCGGUUCAAUCCAAAUGGCUUCUUGAGAGAUGUCACUCCUUUAGUUCUUGUAUGCCUCAAUAUAGUACAACAAUGUGCUAUCAGAAUUUUCUUAUUUUAACAAACAAAUUAGCCGUGCAUCCUGAGAGUGAAACUUCCAAUUCCAGUGAGGACUAGUUCCUUUUAUGGCUUUGUGAACCUUUUCUUUACCAGCUUUUUAUCUUGCAUGCAUGGUGGUCAUUCUUUAUCGUCUCACAAUUUUGGUUACUUUUUAGCCAUAAUUAUGUGUUCAUAACUUCAUAUGAGAUUCCAACAAUGUAGUAGACAUUAAUGUUUGUCAUAUUGGAUCUGCUAGAUACAAUUUGUUAUUUCUAUUUGGUAGAUAACAUGUUUUGUUAUUAAACCUUGCAGAACCAGGACAUUGUCCCUUAUUUUCCUCUUUUCCGUUCUUGGCAUGUCAAGUGUGCUUGGGACUGAUAGGUUAUGCAUAUGAUGGAAUAUCUAAGUUCUGAAUUUUCAUCUAGCAUGCAGCUAUGUCAUGCUACUGCUGUCACUGGUGGUGAUUCUAGCCAAGACUGCAGGUACAGCUAUGGAUAUGCAAGUUCACGUGGAAAACGUUCAUCAAUGGAAGACUUCUGCGAAAACCAAAUCUCUAAUCUUAAUGGACAAAUAGUUGGUCUUUUUGGGGUAUUCGACGGUAUGCAUGUGUGGGGCCAUGGUGGUGUACGAGCUGCAGAGUAUGUGAAACAAAACCUUUUUAACAACUUGGUUAGGCAUCCUAACUUUUUCAGUGACACCAAGUCAGCCAUAGCUGAUGCAUAUGCUCAUACUGAUGAAGAGUUCCUAAAAUCAGAACACAAUCAGCAUCGAGAUGCAGGGUCAACUGCUUCUACUGCUGUUAUUGUUGGCAACCGUCUACUUGUUGCAAAUGUUGGAGAUUCACGUGCUGUUAUUUGCAGAAAUGGGAAGGCUAUCGCUGUUUCGCGUGAUCAUAAGCCAGACCAAAGUGAUGAGCGUCAGCGGAUAGAGGAUGCUGGAGGAUUUGUGAUGUGGGCUGGGACAUGGCGAGUUGGUGGAAUUUUAGCAGUUUCACGUGCUUUUGGUGAUAGAUUAUUGAAGCAGUAUGUGGUCGCCGAUCCAGAAAUAAAGGAAGAAGUAAUCGAUGGCUCUCUGCAAUUCCUAAUCCUGGCAAGUGACGGCCUGUGGGACGUUGUCACCAACGAGGUUUUCAACAUCUGCAUUUCUCAGCAUCUCUUUUCACCUGAUACCAGGGGUGGAGCCAGGACCUUGAAAUUCAGAAUAUUCAUCCUACAUAUUUUUCUGAGAUAACCUUUUGGCUCUUCUUAGAAUGACAACUAAUAGAGGCUGUUUCGAUGGUACAACCGAUUGAAGAUGCAGAAGUUGCUGCUAACAGGCUCACUGAAGAAGCGAUUCGGCGAGGGAGUGCUGAUAAUGUUACGUGCAUUGUUGUUCGGUUCCACCAUAGUGGCAGGGCAGAGGCUUCUCCGUGAUGCUUUUGUAAUAUGUACGAUAUAUUUUGCUUGCUCGAUGUUUGCUAAAACAUGGAUUCUUUUUUCCUUUC